CCUCCCCUCCCGGCCGCCGCCAUGGCGCUGUGCGGGGCUAUCCACAGCUUCCUCUUCGAGUACGACACCCCGCGCAUCGUGCUGAUCCGGAGCCGCAAAGUGGGGCUCAUCAACCGCGCGGUGCAGCUCGGCAUCCUCGCCUAUGUGAUCGGGUGGGUUUUUCUGUGGGAAAAGGGCUACCAGGAAACAGACAGCGUGGUCAGUUCUGUAACCACGAAGGUGAAAGGAGUAGCACUGACAAACACAUCCCUCCUGGGAGCCAGGAUCUGGGAUGUAGCUGACUAUGUCAUCCCUCCUCAGGGUGAGAACACUGUGUUUGUCAUGACCAAUGCGAUACUCACACUGAACCAGAGCCAAGGCCGCUGCCCAGAGCUCCCAGAUGAUCAAACAAAGUGUGAGGUGAAUGACAACUGUGCUCCAGGAUAUGUCAGCACCCACAGCAGUGGCAUCCAGACUGGGGAGUGUGUUAAAUACAACAGCAGCAUUAAGACCUGUGAAGUCUUUGCGUGGUGUCCCGUUGAGGAUGACUACCACAUACCCAAGCCAGCAUUCCUGCGAGAAGCUGAGAACUUCACCCUUCUGGUGAAGAACAACAUUUGGUACCGCAAGUUCAACUUCAGCAAGCGAAACAUCCUCCCCACUAUCAACUCCACCUACCUUAAGAACUGCAUCUACGAUGCCCAGACAGAUCCUUUCUGCCCUAUCUUUCGUUUAGGGAAAAUAGUUGAAGCUGCAGGGCAGGACUUCCAAGAAAUGGCUGUGGAGGGUGGAGUCAUGGCACUGCAGAUCAACUGGGACUGCAACCUGGACAGAGCAGCUUCCCACUGUGUGCCAAAAUAUUCCUUCCGGCGCCUCGACACCAAGGACUCUGCCCACACCGUCUCACCUGGCUACAACUUCAGGUUUGCAAAAUACUACAAGAAUAGUGAUGGCACUGAUUCACGGACGCUUGUCAAAGCUUAUGGCAUCCGCUUUGAUAUCAUAGUGUUUGGAAAGGCAGGAAAAUUUGAUGUAAUUCCUACCAUGAUUAACAUCGGCUCUGGCUUAGCGUUGUUUGGUGUGGCAACAGUGCUGUGUGACAUUUUUGUUCUGUAUUGCAUGAAGAAGAAAUACUACUAUCGUGAGAAGAAAUACAAAUAUGUGGAGGAUUAUGAAUUGGAAGCUGGUGAGACAUGAAACAAACUCCUGAGCUCCUGGUGCUGCAGGACCAACUGCUGCUCUGAACUGCUGCUGGAAACAUUUCUUGACCGUGCCAUGAGACCACCCCCUCUUUGCUGGAAGAAAAUGGGAAACCAAACUGAGAAAGGGACCAUCUUCACUACUCUUUAAUACUUGGGAGCCAGUCCCAGGGAGAACUGGGUCUGCUCCUUGUCUGCUGUCUUUCCAGGUUAUUUGCACUAAGCACAGAGGGAAAAUUGUGCUUUAUGUCAGACCUCUGCAGUGGCUGAGCCUGGGACAGGGACAGCUCUGGCAUCAUCAUUUUGCCAGUCCUCCUGUCCCUGAGCUCACUGAUAGCAGAGGGCACAGACAAUAGGCACAGAUUCUUCCUUAGAGUGAACAUGGCCACUGCCAGGAGGUCCCUAACCUUGGGACAGCAGCUCCUUGCUGUUGUCAUUUUUCUUUCCCUGAAGGAUUGUGAAGAUUAGCUGAGCCUGUACCUAUUAUUUAAUUAGGUCUCCAAGCUCCAGGGGCCAGAGACCAAAAUAAAGCAGUCUUACUCCAUUGUUCUAUGAUAAA